UAUACUAACUGCCACGGCUACUUCACAGUUCUUAUUAAAAAUUUUUAAAAGAUUUAAAAAAAUAUGGUCGAAGAUACUAAAACUAUUGACGCUAAUGAUAAAGGUGAACACAAAACCUCGAGUGAUCUUUCUUCGUCAGAAGCACCUAAAAUAUUUACGUUGGAAGUGUUGAGACAUAUCAAAGUAGCUCAGCAGCAACAUGGGUUAAGGCAUGGUGAUUAUCAAAGAUAUCGAGGUUAUUGUUCGCGGCGUAUACGGAGACUGCGUAAAGCACUAAAAUUCCCACAAGGCGAAAAGCGACAUUUUAAGAGGAGGGACGUGACCAUUAUAAAUUUAACAGGAAAAGGUGCUGAUGAACGGUUUAUUCAUAUCCCCUUAAUAUGUGCAGAAAGAGCUUGGUCUUACGCUAUGCAGCUACGACAAGAAGUAAACACGGAGCCUCGAAAAAAGUUCCAUUUAGUUAGUAAACUUAGGAAGGCUUGUGUAUAUGCUUUGCAACUACAGGAAUUGUGCAAUACUGAUGUUUUUGAUGCCAGAACAAAGCUUGAAACUGAAGCAUAUGUCGCAUGGAUGCAUGGAACAUUGCACUUUGAGCUAUCCUUAUGGAAAAGUGCUGCUGAACAUCUUAAAAAAGCCCAAGUUAUAUACGAAAAUCUGGCUCAAGCAUUACCGGAGGAUGAACAGGGAUUAUAUAAAGCAAAGGUUGAUGAGUUGACUCCAAGUCUGCGAUACUGUGCAUACAAUAUUGGUGAUGGAGGUUCCAUGGACGAUUUAUUGGAAUUGCGCGCUCAAGGUUUAUUAGAAAAUAUAGACGUUCUCGUUUCACAAACUAAAACUCAGAGCAGUGAAACAUUGCAAACAACCGAAUGGCGGGGACGCAAAGUUACUGUACGACCAGAAAAAGUUAGAUUAUUUUUGUUAAGUGUUCAAGAACUAGAUAAAAGUCUGGAAAAAGCUAAAACUUUGGAAAGUAAAAUAGAACUAUUGGAAAAUGCUUUGAUGGAUUGUAAAGAUGCAAUAGCGGCGGUGAAGGAUGAAAUCAAACAAGAUCCUAAAUUAAAAUCUGUGACUACUGGGCAAACUGUUUCUGGUAUUCAAUAUCUGUUAGCCUAUUUAUCUUAUAUAAGGUUGGCUCGCACUCUUGAACGAAAUUUGUGUUUGGUAGAACAGGCUAAGCAAAAUUUCGGAAACCCAAAUCAAGCACGCGAUAAGACCCCGGUUGAAGGAAAACGUGUUAGGCCGCAAGAUUUAACAAGAUUGUAUGAAAUUAUUUUGCAGAAUAUUUCAGAAAUGCAACAAAUAUCUGGCAUGGAGGAAGAUGCAAAAUAUUUAAAUGAAUUGGAAGAUAUUGCGCUAGGUUUCAAGGCAUUCCGGUGUUAUUAUAUUGCAUUAACUUUAGUAGAAAUGAAAAAAUGGAAGGAAGCAGUAGCAAUGUAUGAAAGAUCGAAGAGAUAUGCUACAGAUGCAUUAAAAGCAAAACCGUUACAGUUUAAUUUGGAAGAAAACUUAAAGAAAAUAAUUGAUGCAAUAGAUGGAUGCAAAUUUUCGGCACAUGCUUAUAGUGUUUUGGAAGAUGAUACUGGCGAAGAUGCUAGUUACACAACAAAAACGCAAAAGCCCUCGAAACCAUUAUUUGAAAGAUUAUCGCAAUACAAAGAAGAUCAAAGCUUAAAUACAAGAAACCCAAAUGUUUUUAAAUUGACUCCAGAAAUGGAAGCAAUACCUUGCAAGCCUUUGUUCUUUGACUUAGCACUUAAUUAUGUUGAAUUUCCUUCUUUAGAAGACAAAUUGGAAUCUCCAGGGAAAGGAAAAGGGACAACUGGCAUUUCUGGUUUUGUUAAAGGGUUUUUGGGUUGGGGUGGCUCUAAAUAGUUAGUUAAUAUUGUUUAAAUUUUUAUACAAUUUGUUUUUUUUUACUUUAUCAUUUGUGCUUUUUAUAAUUAUUAUGAAAUUAUCGUAACUAAUUAUUUGAAAAUCAAUUUAUAUUAAAAAUUAAAUACAUAUAAUGAAAAUAUUGUCAAAAAUAUUUUGUAUAAUAAAAGGAGAAUAAAUACAUUUAAAGUAUCCUACAUUCAAAA